UCAAUCACUGGAUUGUCUGGUACAAACUCAAUUGUUUACAGGUCGCCGUCAUAUAGCUGGAAUAUUGCUGAGUGUGGCGUUAAACAAUGAACAAACAAUACCAUAUCAUUGCUGGAAUUGUGUGACCUAUGACCUAUGUUCCCGAAAUGAAAAUAAUAUUUAGCCUCAAAGUUUCAAUUAAAAACAGUAUCUGUAGCUGGAAAAGUACUAAACCUUGAUGAUGGUUGCCUGGUCGGAGCAUGCGUGGAUUAACUGCUAUACAUGUGAGUAGCCUCAUGACUACGAUAAACACACGUCAGCAGCCCUGAAGGGGAGGGGUUGGAGACGGGUGGUAACUGCACAGCUGGUGGCAUCAGAGUGGGCAUCAGCUGAUAUAUACUCGACUCCUGCCGUAUGUUCAGUGAGAGCUGAUAAAGCACCUGUCACACCAGGAAGGGAGCGUGGCCGCAUGCUUUUCCGGUAAGUAAGUAUCUGAUGUUGUCCGACAGGUAUCAAGUGGACAGAAACCACCUCUUUUGGUGCUGUGUCUGUCGGCUGUGUUAGACUUUGUGAGACCUAACUGAUAUCCGAUCAAAACUAACAGAAUAUUAUCUCAACCACGUAUAGACACUAUGUUACGAGGAAUGAAAUGUGGGCAUAGUGGUAUUUUAUCUUCCUAUUUUCGUAUAAGAAUUUGAAGUGUACAUGAACACAUAAAGAAUAAUUUAAUUUACGUCAUUUUAAAAUCAACUGUCGUUGUUUAACUGAGUGUGGCCUUUCACUAAGUACUAAGUUCAGAUGCUCACUACAAACUUUGAUUACUGCAUCAUCAAACAUUUUUAUUGUCAGGCUUAAGUUUAGGCAUUUUAGUUAAAGUCAAGCCAGACAAACACGUUGCUUAUGAAUGAGUAUUGUUUUACGCCGCUUUUAGCAAUAUUCCAGCAAUAUCACAGCGGGGGACACCAGAAAUAGGCUUCACAUAUUGUACCCAUGUGGAGAAUCGAACCCGGGUCUUCGGCGUGACGAGCAAACACUUUAACCACUAGGCUACCCCACCGCCCUGAAAAUGCUUAAGACACCAAAAAUGAGACAACCUACCAAAGGUCAAUCUCACGUUUUGGAAGGCUAUGUUUUAGUUAAUAAAGGUAGUGGGGUUUCAACAAAUUCUGAUUUCAAUAUAAUUUAACAAAAGUGCACACUGACAUUUGAACCUGCGUUCACUGCGUAGCAGAACACAAACGAGUCUUUUAACAUAUUUUGUAGCUUCGAGACCUUGUCAACGAUGGGAGCUCGUCAUGAAAAGCCCCUAGCGAGACCAGCAUCUGGGACUCAGCCAGAUGGAAGUAUGAAUGUAGCCCUGAGUCAGACCAGCCUGCCGGGGCAUGACUUACAUGGGACCAUUAUCAUCAUAUACAAGUUCCCCGAUGGAACACAAGGGAGAGACCACCCCAGCCCGGGAGACCAGUACAAGGGCACCACACGUGUAGCCUAUCUGCCGGACUGUAGGGAAGGUAGAGGUGUUCUCCAGCUCUUGAGGACUGCAUUUGACAGGAAGCUGACAUUUACCAUUGGUCGUUCUACAACCACCAGUGAAGAGAAUGUCGUGACGUGGAACGGUGUUAGCCAUAAGACACUGGCGGUAGCAGGAACUAGCAGGUGGAGUUACCCGGAUCCAACGUAUCUAGUCCAGGUGAGGGAGGAACUGGCCAGGAAAGGAGUCACUGAGAACGGGACAACUGGUUCUUCCAACUUGUUCCCUGGGGACAACAGAGUCCACCCUGACGGUAAAGAUGACAACAAGAAGGCGAUGACAUGCAAUGAAUACUACGGUGACCGUGCAGAAUGUAGCAGACAGUGUUGUAUAUUCCAGCAGGAACGUGGAAGACCUGGAGGUAGGGACAGGGGCGGGCGACAGGCCCUGACAACACAAGCGUGUUGUAGUUAUGGGCAUCACAAGCGGCCACCAGGACAAGCUGUACGAGAUCACCUGCCGGAGGCUGGGCACCAUGACGUCGCCAUGGUUGCAUAACACGGAGAAAUGUUUGUUUGGUGCAGGCGCCGAACUCAGCAAUAUUCCAGCUCUAUGACGACAGUCUGUAAAUAAUCGUGUCUGGACCAGACAAUCUAAUAAUUGACAUGAUCAUCAACCUAUUCAAUUGGGAUACAAUGAGAUAUAUCAACGAGCUCAGCGAACCCUCUCUCCCCUUACGACAAGCGUGGGUUGCUGAAGAUCAGUUCUAACUCCGAUCUUCAUGGGGAGAAAUGUGUUCAGUUGUAAUACUCGCUACACCAUUAUAUACCCUUUUUAGAAAUAACACUGCAUUUCCUCUUGAUCUUCUGAUGCUAAACCGAGACUGGUUGUCACGUUGGCCGUGUCACUAUGUCAUGGUUGGGUUAGGCAAAAACCAUGUUAAGAGAAGAACUGCAAAGGCCAUAGCUGAACGGUAGGCGCGUCCUGGAGGACUAUGUGUUUUGGGUAGAGGUCCCGUCUGAUCACACCGUGCCGCUGGAGACUGCGAUUGAAGGUGUCAACAUUCACUUAUUCAGGACGCUGGCGACUUGUAGACUUUAUCAUUAGGUUUGUAACCUGGCUGUGAAACGUCUUGCAUUUUCACCAGAAGUGUUUUCACCGCAUAUUGUGUAGGGCAAGCAUUCAUUUACGUAUAUAUGUGUAUGUACAAAGAAAUAAUAAAUAUAUAUUAAAAAUUGGUAUCAUGAUUAAUUUUGUUAGGGUGUAAUAAAAACGUAAUAUUGUAUUGGUAUAACC